GGCGUAUAAAGGAAGCCGCUCAGAUGGCGGUCGUCAAACCUGUUAGGUUUUGCAUGUUGCAGAAUAUGUACCGUUGUGUCUCUUUUUGGUUGAGUUUGGCAGCGCUAACUCUUUUUCCUUUUUCAGCGAUCCACUGGAUAAAAAAACCUCCUGGAAACGUUAAAGGAAUACUCGGCGAGAACGUUACACUUGAGUGGAAUUUUACCAUGUCAUCCGCCAACGAAACUUUGGACUAUUUUGUUUUGUUGCGAUCCAUGCGAUAUGAUAUGAUUAAAUAUAGUCACGGCAAGGGCGAAGUGAUAUAUAAACCCUACGAGGGUAGAGUGGACAUUUUGGUCGAUGGAACCCCGAAAUUUGUCUUAUUCAAUCUACAAAGAGAGGACGACAAAGUUGAGUUUUGCUUGAAAGUCUCCACAAAGAGUACAACAAAUGGUGGUGGGCAGAUUCAUUAUCCUGACCCCGAAUGUGCUAAAAUUGAAUUAUUGGAACGUCCCGGAAUUGUUGACAUCCCGGAAAACCACACCGUGAAAUCUAUUGAGGGAGAAAACGUGAGAAUCAACUGCAGCACAACUGGCAUACCAAUUCCUAAUGUUACGUGGACAAGAUCAGGCAAUGAAGCUAAAAACUUUCCACCAUCAUCUCCCCUAAAAUUGAAGAAUAUAAGCAGAGAAGAGGACGGCUUAUACUGGUGCGUGGCAGAAAAUGGACUUGGUAAAGUCACUGCUUCUGUCAGGAUCAUUGUUCAAUUUCCACCGUCAAUAGAGGAUAUUACCCCUGAUACCACUGUAAAUGAGACUGAUAAUGUCACUUUGGUCUGUAACUCAACUGGAAACCCUGUUCCAAAUAUUACGUGGGUAUUUCUGGAUGACUUGGAUGCGAAGAGCAUUGGAACUCAAGAGUCUUUAACCUUGUCUCAUGUUAAGAGAAACCAAUCAGGAACGUAUGGGUGUCGUGCAGACAAUGGUGUGAUGAGACCAAUAAACGCCAGUGUACAUGUUACGAUAAACUAUUCCCCGAGUAUCUUCAUGAGACCCAUCAGUAAAACAGUCAAUGAGUCUAAUAAUCUGGAGCUUUUCUGCAACGCCACCGGGCAUCCAACACCUCUAAUUACUUGGUACAAGGUAGCGGACCCUUCGGUGCCACCCUCAGUUGGCACAGUCCUGAACGUGACGAAUAUGAGCAGAACUGAUUCUGGAGUUUACCAGUGCAGAGCCAGUAAUGGAAUUGGAACUGAUGUGUUCGCUUUAGCCAAUGUGACUGUCAAUUAUAAACCAUUUGCGACCCGCCUCACAUCAAAUGCUACGGGAAACACAGCAAUCAGUGGCCGACCGGUAACCUUUCUCUGUAAUUCAGACAGUGUACCGCCUCCAGCGCUCGAGUUACGUUUCAAGAACAAAUCAUUAGGCCUUUUUAGUGGUAGAAUGUUCACCAUUGAACACGUCAAUGCUUCAGACGAAGGAAUGUACCAGUGUGUGCCGAAUAACAUUUUGGGAACCGGCCAAAUAGCGACUCUGUACCUAACUGUAGCAGUUCCACCAUCAUUUGAGUAUAUAUCCAAUGACACCACAGUGAAGGAAAAUGAUAACAUUGUGUUGUUCUGCAAUUCCACCGGACACCCUCCUCCACGCAUAACGUGGACGAUUUUAAGCGGAUCAAAAGCAAGAAUUGUUGGACAUGAAGAAUAUCUUAACUUGUUCAAUGUCAGCAGAACCCAAGCAGGAACGUAUCAGUGUACAGCAUCCAAUAACGUGACGAGUUCUAAGACAACUAAAGUACAAGUCACGAUAAACUAUAAACCGGAGAUCAAAGACACGGUCCAAACGACAAUUUACACGUGGAUUAACCGAGAAACCAAAUUGACGUGUGCGGUGGAUGGUGUUCCUCGGCCAAAUAUCACCUUCACUCGAGCUGGAAGUGUACUACAUUCUACGCCGUCUGAAGAUGGCGCCAGUCAACUUAGAAUUAAACCCGAGGGUGCCGCUGACUUUGGUGACUACACAUGCACAGCAAAAAAUCAUCUUGGUUCUGUACAAAAGAUCAUUAAAAUAAAGCAACUAGUUGCACCUGCAGCACCAGAGGGACUGGAGAUUGAAACAGGACUUCACAACAUGGAAGUUCGUUGGCAGGCGUUAGAAUCCACUCCUGAUAGCCCUGUUGAAGAUUAUCUGGUAAUUGUAGAGAUGAGAGGUGAAGCCGAAAGUCGGAAAACCUGCAUUCGAGUCCAUACGGGUAAGCGGCAUCUUACGUGUGCUGUAAACGAUCUUGAGAGUGGGACGGUGUAUAGCGUGAAGGUUGCAGCCCGUAACAAGGUGGGCUACAGCGAGUUCGCAGAAAAGGAAGUCCAGACAGAGACAGAAGCCAAACCUAUAACCAACACAGUAAAGAAAGAAUUCCAGGAGCAACAUCAGCAGGAACACUUGUCAAAUACAGUCAUUGAUGGUAUUAUUGCAGGAGUUCUUAUUUUCUGCAGUCUGGUAGUGGUAAUUUUUGCGAUUCUCAAACACAGGCGACCCUGUCAUCCAGUAUGCAAGAAGGAAAGCCAGGAUUUAAGCUCUGAGGAGUGCAACGAGGGGCAUGAUAAUCCAGUAUGCAGUUCCGAAAAUCCGGUAGCAGAUGAGAUGAAGAGGGAAAAUGGUAGUUCGGUUAUGUCUUUAAAAUGGGAAAUAUCAUGUUUGUUAUUUUCUUGUCUUGUAGCGUGUUUCACAUGGAUACAAGAGCCAGAGAAACCAACUCAAGCUUAUCUGGGUUCAAGAACUGUCCUCCGAUGGAGCUUUGAGUCUGUUGGUGACACCUUUUUGUUUCUCUUGAUAUCUAAAAACAAUUCCUUGUAUGGUGAACCAAAACAGCGGGAAAUUGUAACAAAACUGGCAAACGGAACCAUAUACAUUUAUGAUGAGUUCAAAGAUCGCGCUGAGUUACUAAACCAGACUACACUUGUUCUAACUGGAAUACGAAAUGAUGACGAUGGAAACUACUGCUGUCAAGCUUUCUUCUUACAAGGAAUGUACACAAGCUGCGUGGAUUUACUUGUGCUAGGCCACAAACCGAUGAACACAUCAUUUAUUUCCUGUUCUGCUGAUAACACAGUGUGGGUAAAUGAUGGCAUUGUUUUCAGCUGUUCCUCAAUUAGCAGUCCAUCUCCUGCAACAUAUGUCAUAUACCAUAACGGCAAGAAAAUAAAGAAAAACAGAUCUGGAUAUCACAAGAUAUGUAACGUCAAGCGACAGCAUGCCGGUAAUUACACUUGUCAACCAAGGAACACUUUUGGGAACGGAGAAUGUAAGAGCAUCCGUUUAACUGUGUAUGAAAAGCUGGCUGUGCAUGCGAUUCCACGUUGGCGGAAUGUGACAGAGGGGCGUGCUGCACGUUUUGAGUGCAGCGCCGCAGGAAGCCCACCACCCAACAUUACAUGGACAUCCCUGUCCACUGGAAAAGUUUACAGCGGAGGUCUCCUGUUGAUAAAGUCUGUCCAGCGAAAUGACACAGGAGAUUAUCAGUGCUCGGCUUCUAAUGGGCUAUCGGCACCCACCAAAGACAUCGUGUUUUUGAACGUACUCUACCCCCCGACAAUCACCGACACCGCGGGGCCAAACGUCAAUGUUAAGGAAGGUUACAAGCUCACCCUCUAUUGUCAUGGUAACGGAAACCCUCAACCAGUUUUUACCUGGAAAUUGUUGGGUACCAAUCAAACGUUUAGCGGUGGAGACGAGCGCAGUAUUAUGUUGAAUGCACAGAAGUCUCACGCUGGAGUUUACCUUUGCACGGCGAGCAACUUCUUGGGAAACGUCUCCAAAACAAUUACAUUAAAUGUCUGGUCAAGUCCAGUUCGUCCAAUCCUAACCCAUUUGGAAUGCGGAAGUUCUUUCAUCCGAGUCUCAUGGAAAGUCCUUUCACAAGAAGAGGGGAGUUUUGUUAUAAGUUACGUGGCUCAAGCGAUCGACCAGGACAACCCCAGAAAUGUUUUUAACUGUUCUGACAUAACUAUCAAUCACUGCAUCAUUAAAGGACUCCAACCAAACACAACCUACUUGGUUCGAGUGUACUCAACAAAUGUGGCUGGACAUGUUGUUUCUGAGUACGAGAGAAUUACGACAAAAGGGGAAGGGACAAAGAAGCAACAAGGAACAGACAACAAAACAAAUGAAGGACUUUCGACCACUACGUUGAUGACAGUGCUAGCAGCUGUUGGAAUAGCCAUUUUCGUUGUACUCAUUGGGACACUGAUUGCCGUGAGGCGCACAAGGUCUGUUGGAAAAGGAACAGUUUCGAACAAUUGAGUCCCAGGCGUUUCAGUUUCGACUUUGGUGUUGAUAAUCAAUCGGACACAAAAGACAUAUCACUACGCUAACAAUACUGGAACUUCAGAGGAAACCAAGAACCACAAAAUCUAAUUUGCACUACCAUUUGAAAAUUAAUUAUUCCACGAUCUAUAUUUUGCUGUACUGUAAUUUAACUGUUUCUAAUAAGUUUAUAUCUUUUAGGCGCCCAAUUUGCUCAGGACUGUGUAUAUAUUGAACUAUAAUAAUUUCUCCUUGGCUUAAUCCAUCUUGGAUGAUUUAAUUUCCACGGAAUUUCCUUUCCGUCCAGCAUACUGGCUCACUCGGCUUUCUGUAUUCUUCUGGCUUUUCUCUUCUUUUGUUUAAAUUCCUUCCUCCAUUCAUUUUGACCGUUUACUGUAGAUUAAAAAAAUGCAGGUUUCAAACAUUAUGAGGCCUUUCUCGUUUGAUCGUCAAUGAAAAGUUCGU